AUGCACUUGUACAAAUGUAUACACACGAAAGCGUGUGUUUGUAAAAGGAAAGAAUUUGAUGAAUAGAAUAUAGAGAGAUGUUGGUCUUUUGUUAAAGUUAAUUAGAAUAAUUUUUAUUUAUUUCAAACUGCGUUGUAAUAAACCUUUUCCAAUUAUUAUCAAUUGCGAUUUACUAGAAUUAAUUCACUGUUAUCAACUUCAGAAUAAUUUCAAUUAUUUAAAGAAACAUCGACCAAAGGAUUUCUUUUUUCCAUUAAGAUAUCGCAUAUUUGCUCUAUGAGUAGAUCGUUUAGACGAAAUCAAUAUUAGGGUACAAAGCAGAAAAAUACGUCAUAUAAUAUUUGACAAUGAGAAGAAAUGUUGAUCCGCCACAGAAAAAAGUAUUGAAGAGGCUGUGGAGAUGACAGGAAAUUGUUGCGUGUUCCAGGCAGAAAGACGAGAUCAACUGGCUGUUAAAUGGACGGGGAUCAAUUUGCUGGUUGUCUGAUCUGCGGCAGUGUAAUGACCCGUCUCUAUGGCGCUGGCCCAUUUACCGUUAGCACAGGAUUAAACAAUGAAUUAUUCAUAGACAAAACUGAAAGAAAACAGACAUUUUAACAGAAAAAAAAAAACAUGCCUGGGCCAGGUUUUCCUGUGGCCAAUAAAAUCCUUUAUAAAUACGAGCAGGACCGCGCCUAUCGACUUCACAGACAGAAGGUCCAUGGAUCAAGACCAACCGUCCAGAACACAAAACCCAAAAAAUACCCCCACUUAGUUCUUCAACUGAAGAAGAUUCAGUUGGAGGAAGAACGACAAGCAGAGGUGGAUCAUGAAAACCGUUUACUUUUACAAAAAAUGACUAGAAUCAUGAAGGAGCCAGCCAAGGUUGAUUCCUGGAAUGAAUACCAUUCGAAAAGUCUUAACCUUCCACUGAGGGAGAAGCAACUCCGAGAUAUCCAGCUGGAGAACAUAGGCCUAGCUAAGCGGUUAGAACACACGAGACCUGUGAUAAGAGCAGAAGAUAUGGAAGAGGAAUAUCAACAGAAAAAAUACCUCCAGAUGUUGUGGAAUGAAAAUUCUAAAGACUACGACAUGGUAAUUCCCCGACACCAGCGAUACAGACAGCUGAGGAAAUUGAAGGAAGAAGAACUCGCCAGAGAAAGAGAAGAAAAUGCAGCUGCGGGAGAAGAUGGCAAGAAGGAAUCACUUCCUCCAAUCAGGAAAAACAGUGAGCCUCAGACCAUUAGAUAUAAUGCUGAAACAUACCGUUCUACAAAAAGUGACAAUGGCGAUAAAGAAAGAAAGUCGGAUGAUGGCAGUACCAUGGACAAUAGAUCACAGUUCAGUUCGCAGACUGACAACGACGCCAAGUCACUUUUUAAGGUUGCCAAGGAACUCGCACAACCUGAGGAUGUCUUCAUUAGAAACUUGGUUCGAAGAAAACCAGCUCAAAGAAACCAAAUCAGCGAAAGAUUUAAAGAAAUGUACAGUCUGGAUUUAGUAACGGAGCUUCAUUCAGGUCUUGGGAAGGACUGGGAAUGCCUUAUUGACGCUCUACUGAAAAGCAAAUCCACUGGGACAGCCACGCUUCUCCAUGAUGCAUUAGAGGAGGGCGACUAUCCCACAGCAGUAGAGAUACUCUUCACAUGCAAGAAUGCAGACCUUGUGGAGUUAAGAGAAACUUAUCGCAAAGAUUUUUCACAGAGUCUUGAAACCACAAUCAAUGAGAAAACAGAAGAUCCCGAGAGAUGCCUGCUAGCAACGCUGGCAAAGGGUGAUCGCGAUGAAACCAACAAGGUUAAUGAGAAAACAGCGGAAACUGACGCGGAGGAUUUGUAUGAAUCUGGGGAGGGCAGAUGGACGAGUGAUACUGGAAAAUUCCUGAAAUUGCUCAAGACUAGAAACAACAAACAUAUCAUCAUAGUCUUGAACCUGUAUAAGAUUCACAACAAAGGAACAGAUGUCAUAGACGACAUCAAAAGGGAGUGCUCUCGAACGUAUGCCGAGGCACUUAUUGCUCUAAUAAACUGCCUCAAUGGCCCAGAGAACCAUUUUGCAGACCGAUUAUUUCGUACAAUGAACCCCACAAACUCGGCAUUUGUCAACUUACUGGUGGCGAGGUCUGAGAUAGAUAUGCCGGCUGUACGGAAAGCCUACAAGAAGAAAUAUGAUGCCGAACUCGUGGACGAUAUUAAGCUUAAAUGCCAGCACAAAACAACGAAAGUUUUACUGGAAAUAGCCAACAAAACACCACCCAAUUGGCCCAAGAGCAAGAGACAUGUGGAUAAAAGGGUAAGAUUGGCGAGUGUUGUGAUGCGUCGUUCUGCCAAUGAUGAUACAUUUGAUACGAAAACCCAGCAGACAUCUACACAGAAGAAAUGGAGAGGGGCAAACCCGGUACCCCAGCAAUCUAAACCACCAAUCAAAAGGGUCGAGCCUUCAUCCUCAAGAGGAACAGAUCCAAAACACCAAAAAAAUCCACUGGGACAACCAAGCCUGCGCAUAGCUGCAGAUACGUCAAUCCAAAGAAAAGAAGAGGAAAAGCUCAAACAAAUGGAGAAAGAAAAACGACGAGAGGAUGAGAGGCAGAAGAAAAACAUAAGUGGCACAAUUAAACCGUCCAAUAAUUUUAAUCCUUCCACUGACUGUGAUCGAUUGCACGAAGCUCUAAUAGAGACACACACUGACGAAGACGUCAUAAUAGAAGUACUCACCACCAGAAGUAAUGGUCAGCGCCAGAUAUUGAAGAAUAAAUGGUCAACAAAGUACAAAAAGUACGCAUUGGAAGCUAAAGUGAAGGAAAAAAUGGGUGUUGAUUAUGAAGAAGCUAUAACAGGUCUACUGAUGCCACCAUCCGAAUAUGAUGUUUAUUGCCUACACGAAGCUCUAAACGGAUUAGGACUCUCUGAUCCAGUUCUCGUUGGUAUUAUCUGUACAAGGGAUGCUAAGGAGAUGAAAGAAGUCAAGGAAAUUUUUAAGAAAACGUACGGGAAAGAAUUAACCCAAGAACUGACGGCUCACAUUGAUCCGGAUUUAGCCGACUUUGUGGAACUGCUUUGUCAAGGUGAACGAGACCAGGGUAGCGAGGUCAACGCACAUUUGGCCAAGAAAGACGCUGAAAGAAUGAGUAAGAAUGGCAAGGUGGAUGUUGUUGACAAAGCUUUUCGUGACAUUGUCUUGAAGAAAAACCAUGCUCAAGUUAAACUGACAUUCGAGGAGUUCGAAAAAUUGACAGGAAGUGAUAUUUACCAAUCCAUUGCAGAUACCGUAGUUGGCGAAACUGAAGACGUGUAUAUUUCUUUGGUGAAAGCGAUUGAAGAUCCAGCCAAAUUCUAUGCAGAAAAGUUGUUUUCUUCUUUUGGUGGACUAGGCACAAAUGAAUGCAGCGUCACAAGGAUGAUCAUAUCACGAUCAGAGAUUGAUUUGCGGGACAUUAAAGUAAAAUUUCAGCAGCAAAACCAGAAAUCAGUAUCGACCUUGUUGAAUGCAGAGUAUCCUGGUGGCAAUAAAAAACUCUUACUAGCCAUCUUGGGUGAUAAUUGACCGUUUCAUUGUACAAACUUACCCAAGACUGUGGUCAUCGGUGUAAAUUACCAGCUUGAUGUCUUGUUUCUCUUGCCUUCGGAAAUGUUAUGUUGCGGGGUUCUUUUGAUUUGUAUUGUUUAUUCUAAGGAUCUUAUUGAUCACUUACAUUCUUGUCCAAAUUAUUUAAAUCUUAUUUAUUUCUCCACAAUUUAUAUUUAUCAGAAAUAUGUACACAAUUUAGUGAAACUGUACACUGUAGAUGCUGAACAUUUGCCCAUUCACUGAAAUAAUUUACUUUUCAACAACCGUUAGAAAUUAGUUUAUAAUGCUUGCUAUCGCAGUAAGUAUUCAAUGCAAUGUCUAUUGUAUAUCUUUGAAAACAAUGCAUUUUAACGGAUCUUCUAAAUAUAUUCGGAAAUAACUUAAUUCAGGGAGUGAUGUAAUGCAGUGUUCACUGACCAAUUCUUGCGGAUAUGAUUAGUAUUUUUAAUUCUGUGCGAAAAGAGAGCGCAAUAAAAUGGACAUGUUAAAAAAGAAUACUUAAUAACAAAAAUCAUUAUGACCCCUUUUCCAUUUUUUGGCAGAUAGCUGUUAUUUCAAUAUUUGAUAAUGUUAUCAAUAAAAAUCUAGCUCCCAUGUUGCUUAUUCAUGCUUCUUAUAAGGUUAAAUAUUUCUAUUUCAUUUCCUACGGACUCUCCAAAGAAUUCACAAAAUUUAGUUGUAUUGGGAGAAAAUAUAGUUCUGUUGAGGUUCGAACCCCUCUUCAUAGUUCAUUUGUACGUGUCUGCUUUACCACAGGGCUACGUUGUCAGUUAUAUUUAGAUUUCACUUUCAUUUCUGUCAGAAUUCUCAUUCGUUAAAAUAAACGUACUAUAUUUAUUGAAAUUCACACGCGCAUUGUUCACAGCUAGAGCACGAUCACGAGGAAAUGGCUAUUAUUCAAUUUGUAAAGAUAUCUAAGGCAAAAACAUUGGAAAUGUAAAUAUUGCUAUAUACUCUCUUUUACGGGCGUUUUUUUUUUUUUACUACUGGCGUGUUGUGCUUAACCAGAAUGUUCAAAAUGUCGAGAUUUUGUGAUACAACUCGUAAAACAAUUGCGAAGUGAUUGCCAUUUUUAUCAAAUUUUUAGAAUUUAUUCAUUCUUGCUUUUGGAUUCGACUUUGUUCAUCAUAAACUUGAUAAAUUGAAAAACAAAAGCCAUUUGAGUUGAUUUACAAACACCUAAUUUCAAUACAAUUCAUUAUCAGUUUUUGGUUUAGAGUCGAUAAAAAAAGAAUACGAUAGUGUGUCAAAGAUUUACACAAGGCUGUCUCAUAGUCAAGAUCAUAAUAACCAAAAUGAAUUCGUUUCACAUAAAAACUGUAAAUAUUUGAAUAUACUAAAGUAACUCUUAAUUGUGUUUUUAUUCACGUUCACUUUAGAAUUAAUGCUUUAAUUUAGAGAUUAUCCACGAAAAUCACCACGAGCACACACUCUCGUAUGCACUAUGGAAUAACCGGGUAUUGUCCGUAAAAUGCAUUGUUUGUUGUGAAAUUGCAUUACAUUUAUGUAAACGUAUUAUACAAUUAUAAUACAUGUAAUGUUGUUGCUGAUUAUAAGCACUACAAUAUCGUUAACAAAGUGUACGUGUUUGAAACAAAAAGUGGCAUUUCACAUUUCCAUUUUAUUUACUUCAUUAUUUCUUUGGUUUUCAGGGCAGAUGUAAUAUUAUCAAAUCGAUAUUCAUUUAUCUUUUACAUUUUUUCUGCAUUAUCUGUUUUCUGGUGUAAGAAUUUCGUGAUUUCACUAUUGUAAAACCAUAUUACCAUUUGGCGGUGCUAGGAGGUGAUAGUCUGUGAUAUAAAUAGUCUGUUGAUUAAAGAAUUUCUUCUCUUUUAA